AUGGACGAUUCAAUGGGCCAGCCACCCGAACCGCGUGAGGAUCGUGGUCCUCGCAUCCCUCCUGCAAAACUCUCCACGAUCAAUGCCGACCCAACAAUCUCCCUCUUCUUCAAACCAACGAAAGCCUCUCCUCUAGUCCGCCUUGACGGCAAAUUCUCCCGCGAUGCCGCGAUGAUCUUCUGCGAUCGCAUUCGCCACGACCUGAUGGACAACAACAGCAAAUCCUUCACUGUUGUCGGCGGCAACUUGAACGGCCUCAAGGCGGUUUUGGCAUGGAUCAAACAAUGCGUCGACGAGCAGAGCAUUGUCAAGUUCAAAGAUCUCGACGAAAAAGUGCCCGAGUUGUUUACUACCUACGCCAACAUCAUCAUUUCGGCUUAUUACCUUGGUAUUCCGCCACGGGACCUCUCCGAUCAUAUUGUCAAGCGCAUGGCCGCCAUCGCUCGCCACCGACUCAUGAGCUGGGAAGAAGUUGAAUGGUUCUACACGACCCCGUUGCUAGCGACACUCCCAGACGAGAAAGAAAAGGCUGUCCGUGAAGUUGCUUCCGCUUCCGUGUUCUGGGCGUGGUGGAAUGGCAGACUUGACGAGAAGGAGACCCCCUUCGAGAUGAUGACUUUGAGUGUUCUGAGGCAGGAGAACAAAAAGCUCGAUCAGGAUUUGCAUGACUGGUGCGAGAGGAACGAGGCGGAAGUGAGGAAGAAGUGGGAGGAGAAGGAUAGACUGAAGAAGUCCGGCGGUCGUGCGAAUGGUCACUGUGGCAAAAAUGGACAUACAGUUGACAGCUCCAGUGGGGGUGGAAGUGCAAGCGGAAGCGGAAGCGGAUGGGAUGAGCCGACGACUGUCACCUCGGCAGGGACUAAUGGUUGGGACACCUUCAGCAGCGAAGGUCCCCUAUGCCCACCCAACUCGGUCGCAACUCAAGACUCGGGAGUCGAUGUGGGAAGGGGUGCUAAGAACAUUCCUGCUUCUCUUCCUACUCUGGAUGAGAUGGAUGCCAUCGACGGUGCCGCUGACUGGGCUGAGGAGGUCAGCGAGGUUACCCGGCUCAACAACCAGCAGUGGUAG